AUGUAUAAAGAGAGAGAGAGAGAGAAGAGGAAAUAGUAGAGAGAAUUCGGAUUCCUUGCUCGCUGCCCUAAAACCACCGCGAAACCGAUUCGAGAAGAAGAAGAAGAAGAUGGACAUCGAGCAGAAGCAGGCAGAGAUCAUUGAUCAGCUCGUUACCCGAGCUUCUACUUGCAUAGGCGACGCUCUGUGUCCUAUCAUCAUCGAAGCUACAUCGCAUCCUUCUCUUUUCGCCUUCUCCGAGAUUUUGGCUCUACCUAAUGUGGCCGAGCUUCAAGGAACCACAAAUUCUGUCUACCUGGAUUUACUACGCCUGUUUGCCCAUGGCACCUGGGGUGACUACAAAUGCAAUGCUACCCGUAUUCCUCAGUUGACUCCUGACCAAAUUCUUAAGCUAAAGCAGCUCACUGUGCUUACCCUUGCUGAGUCUAACAAGGUACUGCCUUAUGAUACGCUAAUGGUCGAGUUAGAUGUUACUAAUGUUCGUGAACUUGAAGACUUUCUUAUCAAUGAAUGCAUGUAUGCGGGUAUAGUUAGAGGAAAACUGGAUCAAUUGAAAAGAUGCUUUGAGGUUCCCUUUGCGGCUGGUAGGGAUCUAAGGCCAGGACAACUAGUGAAUAUGUUACACACAUUGUCAAACUGGAUGAACACGUCAGAGAAUCUGCUUGUUUCAAUUCAAGACAAGAUCAAAUGGGCGGACAAUAUGAGUGAGAUGGAUAAGAAACAUCGUAAGGAAGUAGAAGAAGGGGUGGAAGAAGUGAAGAAGUCUCUGUCCAUGAAGGGGGAUGUUGACAUCAGAGGAAAUAAAGAGAUGUUUGGGGAACCAAGUGGAAUGAUGGACUAUGAAGAAGAUGGAAUCCGACCAAAGAGGAGGCGGCAUCCGGUAAGGUAGAGGAGCGAGAGAGCAAAUGGGCUGUGUGGAUUGACAUUCCAUUUACCGAGAGUAGAUUAUGCGGAUUUUUCAACUUGUUUAAAUCAUGUGUUCUCUCUCGACACAACCCCUUGUUUUGUCUAGAUUUCCCUUUCAUAUUAUGUCAUAAAUUUGGUGUUUCUUCACCCAAGGAUUUUUACAAAAAAGAAUUUUAAAGUCUUUUAAUUAAGAGAUGUUCAGUAAUCAAAA